AUGAAUCCUGCUCGUCACAACUGGCACGCACACAGCCUACGGGCAGGAUUCUUCUUCUGCUCGGCGGGGAUGACCCCUCCCGAUCGCUUGGAGGAUACACAUAUACAGGGAUGGACCGGCCCACCCAGCGAUGAAGGGCUGGGCGCGGCAGCAACCAGGGCUGAGGACCAUUUCUUUGCGACCACGGGGCCAUCUUGUAGCCUUCAAGCCCGAAACUUUCGACAGGGGAGGCCAGCCGAGCAGCCGAUGGUUUCCGUUGCCCACGCCCGAUGGCUCCCGUCGUCUCCUUCGCUAUCAUCUGGCUCGCGAGACAUCAUUAACCAGAAUCCGACGACACCGAGUAUUUUCACCCGUUCUCUCUCGCCCAACAUCUACAUCCCGUCUACCACCCCGCCGGCCGCCCCAUUCAGUCAGUCUCACGGCCAUUCAGUAAGCCCCGGCUCAGCAGAGCUCGGGAAUCCUUAG